AUGUCAGACCAGAACAGCACCGACGAUGGGGAGUCAGACCCCCAGCACAGCCUGUCUAUGGUCUUCCUCCUUGUCCUUGUCUUCUUCAUCAUGGGGCUGGUGGGCUUCCUGAUCUGCCAUGUCCUGAAGAAGAAGGGUUACCGGUGCCGGACUUUCCGGGACGAGCUCGACCCAGAUAACAAAGAUGUGCUGGCGGAGCUCCAGGCCAAUGAAGAGGAGGAGCUGAAUGAGGACACAGUAGAGAAGAUUGUAAGAUGCAUCAUCCAAAAUGAAGCAAACGCAGAAGCCCUCAAGGAGAUGCUGGGGGACAAUGAAGGGGACAUCCCAGUGCCAGUGCCCAGCCUUUGUCCCCACCGCAACAGCCAGGAUGGGGGCCCACCACAUCACCACACAGUGCAUCUGGGCUCCACACAGGCCCCCUGCAUCCACUGCAGCAAGAGGAAGAGGCACCCAUUGCAUCGACAAGGACGGUCAAAGGAUGGCAAAGGCAGGAUGCAUCCUGGAGAGACCACCGUCUUCUCAGUGGGCAGGUUCCGUGUCACGCACAUUGGGAAGAAACCCACUUUCCAUGAGCAGCAGGAUGGUGCCCUGCCUGACAGCAGCCGGGAGCUGAGCACAGAGGAGCUGGAGCACAGCAGCGACCGGCUUCAGCGGGAGCGGGCUCGCAAUGGGACUGUCCCUGCUGGUGGCCUGCAGAAUGGAGCCCUCCAAAAAGGUGCCCAGAGCAGCAAGGAGCAGAGCCACUCCACCACCCCAGCCCUGAACACACCAGCCAACUCUGGCACUCGUGACAGCCGACGGCUGGGAAGGGGGUCCAGCACGGCAGGCUCCUUACAGGAUGCUGGCACUGCGCCUGGGAGCACGAGCCAUCAGCGGAAGCUCUUGAGCCAUCGGGUGCUGGGAGGGUCGAGUCCCAGCAUCCCAGGAGAGCUGGUGCAUGAAGGAACCAGCAUCUGCCUGGAGGAGACCGGACUGGGGUCGGCAGAUGAAGUGUCGGAUAUUCAUGGAAGCCUGAGCCUGCACGAACAGGUUGAGGAGUUGGAAAGAGAUGACAGUAGCAGAAAACAGCCUGGAGCAGAGGACGUGAAGCAGCCG